GGAGCAUCGGGGUAGUUGGCAUUCCUAGAGACGAAAACGGCGGCGGCAGUGUGGAAAAGUCUGGUUUUGUUGUGAGGUUUUCUUCAAUUUUGAUAGGCUAAUCCGAACGAGUCACCUGAAAGAAACACCAUGGACUCACUACUGCAACCGAAGGAAGGGGAAUACACGGCUACAGUGUAUCGAAUGAUCAAAGAGGGCAAGUUCAUCGAUGUCGUCCAUCUGCUGAAUUUGGAGCUGCAGAGUCAUCCCAAGUCCCGUCCUGCCCUGUCCCUCCUGGGGUACUGCUACUACCAGCUGCAGGACUUUGUGAAUGCAGCAGAGUGUUACGAACAACUUUCCCAGCUGCAUCCUGAAGUGGACGACUAUAAGCUGUACCAUGCCCAGUCCCUGUACAAGGCCUGUAUGUACCAGGAGGCCACCAAGGCUACCUUCACUCUGGAGAGUCAAGCUUACCAGGCUAAGAUCCUGAAGCUUCAAGCAGCCAUCAAGUAUGGAGAGGAGGACCUGUCUGGGGCAAAGAGCCUUGUGGAACAAGGUCCAUCUGAAGACCCUGACACAGAUAUCAACCUUGGCUGUCUCCUCUACAAGGAGGGGCGUUAUGAGGAGGCGUGUCAUAAGUUCACCACUGCCAUGCAGAUCCUCGGUUACAAAGCUGAUCUAUCCUACAACAUAGCCCUGUGCUACUACAGCAUGAGACAGUAUGCACCAGCCCUGAAACACAUAGCAGACAUCAUAGAAAGGGGAAUUCGAGACCAUCCAGAGUUGAGUGUCGGCAUGACAACUGAGGGGAUUGAUGUGAGGAGUGUUGGGAACACACUCAUUCUGCAUGAGACGGCUCUUAUAGAGGCCUUCAACCUCAAGGCAGCCAUAGAACACCAGCUCAAGAACUACGAGGCAGCCAAGGAGGCCCUGACGGACAUGCCACCCCGAGCAGAGGAGGAGCUUGACCCGGUGACCCUACAUAACCAGGCCCUGAUGAACAUGGACAACAACCCCACGCAGGGCUUCGAGAAGCUGCAGUUCCUCCUGCAGCAGAACCCCUUCCCUCCGGAGACGUUUGGCAACCUGCUCCUGCUGUAUAUCAAGUAUGAGUACUAUGAUCUUGCAGCAGAUGUCCUUGCAGAGAAUGCUCACCUCACAUACAAGUAUCUCAGUCCCACAUUGUAUGACUUUAUGGAUGCAGUGAUCACGUGUCAGACUGCACCAGAAGAGGCCUACAGAAAGCUGGAUGAGAUGGCGUCCAAGCAGACUGACCAGCUCAGAAAACUCACCAAGCAGGUACAAGAAGCCAGGCAGAACCAUGAUGAUGAGUCUGUCAAGAAAACUGUUAACGAGUAUGAUGAGGCAUUAGAAAGGUACAUCCCCAUCCUGAUGGCACAAGCGAAGAUCUACUGGGACCUGGAGAACUACUCGCAGGUGGAGAAGAUCUUCCGCAAGUCCGUGGAGUUCUGCAACGAGCACGAGAUGUGGCGACUCAACGUGGCGCACGUCCUCUUCAUGCAGGAGAGCAAGUUCAAGGAGGCCACAGGGUUCUACGAACCAAUCGUCAAGAAGCACUACGAUAAUAUUCUCAAUGUCAGUGCGAUAGUGCUGGCCAACCUCUGUGUGUCCUACAUCAUGACCAGUCAGAAUGAGGAGGCAGAGGAACUGAUGCGGAAGAUUGAGAAGGAGGAGGAGCAGGUGGCUUAUGAUGACCCAGAUAAAAAGAUCUACCACCUCUGCAUUGUCAACCUGGUUAUUGGGACACUAUAUUGUGCCAAAGGAAACUAUGAGUUUGGCAUCUCCAGAGUUAUCAAAAGCUUGGAACCCUACAAUAAGAAGCUUGGUACGGACACCUGGUUCUACGCUAAGCGCUGCUUCAUGUCCCUGCUGGAGAACAUGGCCAAACACAUGAUCAUGCUGAGGGACAGCAUCGUGCAGGAGUCCAUCCAGUUUCUGGAGCACUGCGAAGCCUAUGGCAAGGAUGUGGCAGCUGUUGUAGAACAGCCAUUAGAAGAGGAGCCCAUGCACGAAGGACGGAACACUGUCACGUUCGAGGCACGGCUUCUCAAGGCGCUGUUUCUCGAGCUUCUGGCAUGAGAUUUUCCCAAGUGUUAUGUCGUCCA